CUAUAUUCACUAAAUAGUGAACACAUUGUCACGUGUAAGCUGAUCACGCGAAGUAUAAAUUAGAUUAAGCAUUGACCAAGGAAUCCCUUCAGUUUGCUUGUAGCCUGUGUUGAGUGAACAUUCCAACGAUGAUUGAUGCAUCAGAACCCGGUGCGGCGAAGACCGGCGCUUACAAAUAUGAAGAUGGCACCAAGUAUGUAGGCGAUUGGAACUCAAAGGGUCAGAAACACGGCAUGGGCCACCUCAUCCUGCCGGAUGGGACGCGGUAUGAUGGCUCCUUGAUGAGCGGCCUCUGCUCUGGGCUUGGAGUAAUGACGUUUCCAGAUGGUGCCAAGUACGAAGGAGAAUUCAUGCAAGGCUGGUUCCACGGCCACGGAGUGUUCUGGCGAGCUGAUGGUAUGAAAUUCGAAGGAGAAUUUCGUGGAGGCCGUGUUUGGGGACUUGGUCUCGUCACAUUUUGCGACGGCAGCAAUGGUUUCCCAAGAAACGAAGGCUUCUUCCAGGACUGCAAGAUGAUAAGGAGAAAGCGGUGCCCCGAAGUUGUGCAGCGGGCGCAAAAAGUCGCAUAUAUGGCCCGAGCCCAGUGCCAGCAAGUUUAAAUAUACCUUACGCUUUUGGAAUAGACCUUAUUUUUAAACAACACUGUAUUAUUUUAAUAUGUUGGGUAAGGAUUUCUUAAGAGAGGAAAAUAAUGUCCAAUUGGAAACCUAUUUCCUAACUUGUUUACUAAAGUAGUGUAAGUUUUUAACGGAAAAUUAAUGGUUAUUAAUUAACAAUUUUAUACAAAUACUAGCUGCACCCGGCAAACGCUGUUCUGCCUUACUCUUAUCAUUUAGGGGUGUGAAAAAUAGAUGUUAGCCGAUUCUCAGACCUACCCAAUAUGCUUACG